CCCAGUCUGACCAAGCAUUCUUAACUGCAGUGUUAUAGCUGUAAGGUUUCACGCUUAAAAAAAAACUUUAGCUGCAAACAUCAACUAGGCUCGUCAAAGAAAGCAUGUCUCCAUGACUUGCCGUAUCUGGAAUGACGUGUCAGAUCCGCGAACCCGGAGUUGCGGAGAACAUCUCCCGAACUUUUCACACAUCACAAUUUAAACGUUUCAUUCCCCUCACCCCCCACACUCUUUUCUAUCUAGAUUGUAUACCCUUUUAUGUCCGUCAAACCAAAGAUUCUCCGUUUGGGCAGGGUUGAAUUUGCUCACCAGGCGUGGGAACGUUUUGCCCGCGUGGCUGAAAUUGUCGACAUGGAUGCUACCAACCGAGAGGAUUUCAUCCACGAUUUGCGCACAAAAUACCAGGACAUUAUCGGCGUCAGUCGCUCUUUGCAUACCUUACCCCAGACUGGGCGCUUUGACGAGGAGCUUAUGGCUCACUUUCCCCCAAGUUGUGGGGCUAUUGCCAACUGCGGUGCGGGGUACGACGAUAUCGACACCGCCGCCUUAACCAAGCGCAACAUCCAGCUUUCCAACAUUCCCAGCGCCGUAGAUGCCUCCACUGCCGAUACCGCGAUGUUCCUUGUGCUUUCCGCUUUGAGACGCUUCCAACAGGGCCACCAGGGCUUGCUUGAGGGCAAGUGGCCGACAUCUAAAUGUGCGGGUGCGCCCUUGGGGCACGAUCCGGCGGGGAAAACCUUUGGCAUUUUGGGUAUGGGAGGUAUUGGAAGUGAGAUCAGAGACAGGGCAAGAGGCUUUGGUUUUGGCAAGAUUGUGUAUUACAAUCGUGCCAGGUUAUCGCCAGAGCUUGAAGGUGGAGCUGAGUAUGUGUCUUUCGAAAAAUUACUCUCACAGUCCGAUAUCAUCUCCAUAAGUAUCCCAUUGAAUCCCCACACCAGACACCUCAUCAAUAGGGAGACAAUUUCCCAGAUGAAGGACGGUGUUGUGUUGGUGAACACCGCUAGAGGCGGGAUUAUUGAUGAAGAGGCGUUCGUUGAUGCGGUCAAGAGCGGAAAGAUUGCUGCCGCUGGGUUGGACGUUUAUGAAAACGAGCCAAUGGCUAACGAGGAGGUUUUGCGCUUGGAAAACGUCACCACGGUGCCGCACAUGGGCAGCCACACUUAUGAAACCAUCCAGGCCAUGGAGGAGUGUGUGAUUGACAACCUUGAGGCGUUCUUGCGGACCGGGAAGGUUGAAGGACUCGUGCCAGAGCAGCAUGAUGUGAAGUUCAUCUCCGAGGGGGUGUUAUAAAUCAUAUAAGCAGUUUACAGCUAAAUUAAGAAUCUAAA